CAUCAGUGCCGUAUACAUUAUUGCAAGUCGCGAUAUAUUUCUCAAUGCGUCUUUUUGACUCAGAUCACCCAUUUUUGCGCAAGUCAAAUAUUUGAUGAUUUACAGCAUGCAGUAACAAUUAUGUAAGAAAAGGUUAAUCAAGGAGGAGUUACUGCGUAAAUUUACUUAUUAUUUAGCUGAAGAUGGGUCCAGUGCCUCAGCCAGAUGAGGAGAGAGAUCACCCUUCACAUAAUGAAAAUGAGAUUGAAGAUGCUGAGCAUCCAGAUGUGAUGAUUAAUGUUGAUAUGUCAGAUAGUGAUGAUGAUGAUGAUGAUGAUGAUGAUCAAGGAUAUGGAGGUUAUAUAGGUUAUCAGGCCUUGGCACAGGAUGGUGGUCCUACAGGUCUGGACUUGGACUCCGAGGAGGAGGAGGAGCAGACAGAAGAACCCAUGCCAGACAAUGAUUCAGCAGAUAUCUCAGACAGUAUUCCAGAAGCUGUAGGUUGUAAUAUACCAGAAGGGUUAGUUCAUCAAGUCAGACAUCCAGACUAUCCAAAUACUGCAAACUUACCCGGAUAUAUGCAUGUACCUGAUUUACCAAGACCAGAGAGAAAAGAUAUCUUAUGGAAUCAGGAGAGACAAACAAAUAAUUCAUUAGAAAAAGAUCAUGCAGAUAAGAUCUUGUCUGUGAUGUCAAACAUCCAGCUUCCCACAUCAAACAUUCCAGACUGGGCCAGGACAAUUUCAGAUGACCAGUGGCAGGUUCAAGUGGUAAAUAAACUAAAACACAGAACCAGUCCAAAAAAUAAUUCAGAAGUGGAUAAAGGAGAUAGUCAGAGUGGUUCAGCCAAUGUAACAGAUGUGCAAGAAAUAAAUCAAGAUGAAAAUGACAGUGAACUAGACAACAAGUUAUGAUUUCCUUUUUUCCAGAAUUUUUACAGUUGUUAAUUGGAGUUAUUGUGCCAAGAUACUUGUUACAUGUUUGUCAGAGUGGACCAGAUGGGCCAUUGAUGAAUGAAAUAAGUUUAUUUUACCAUUUUAACACUCAAGAAUCUUCUUGUCCAGAUCAUGUUCAUACAGAAUGUGUCUUAUUUCUGCAAGGUUGAUUGCGGGUCAGAUCAGUUGGUCUUGAGUUACAUGCCCUUGAUUAAUCAAAACAAUGUAAUGUUUCAAUAUGAUUUCUCUCUGGCACCUUCUUUUCUUUGCCAAUCCUUAUGAAAGAAUGUGUAUAUCAAGAAGGUUUCAGUCAAAUUUUUUAUGGACCAAACCAGACUUCAUAACCUAGAGUUUUGUAUCCUUGAUUUCACAGAUGUAUUUCACCAUUUUCUUCACCACCUCCUAACCAUGAAUUAUGUGCGCCUUAUUUUGCAAAACUAUUUUCAUCAAUUGUCCUCUUUUAUGGCAUAAUUUCUUUUUAAAUGUUGAUUAUAUUUUGAAUGUUUAUACCAAUGUGAUGUAUUUUAAGUUUGGAUUUUGAUGAGGUCAGACUAUUUUUUUUUGCUUGGUUAUGUGCUUUCAAUUUAGGACUUGGAUUAGCAAUAUUGGGCUGUCUUGGCCCUCUGGCUGCUUGUUUUACCUUAUGCAGGGAAUUCUUAAGAGUACUGUGUGCACUUUCAAAAGUUUGUCUUACAAAGUUUGUCUGCAAGCUUGACUUUGUCAUUGACAUAAAAUUGUUAUAUUUUUCACUGCUGCUUGCAGUUCUUAACCAUAUUUUUUCUUAUAAUACUGUUUUACUCAAAGAGAUAUCGAUUGUUCAAAGAACAUAUUUUUUCUGUCAAAUGGUUUGUUACAUAUAUAUCUAAUUUCUUUUAAUAGUGUAUAUAUCAAACAGUAGGUAGAAAUGUGGUAUAUUAAACAUGGAUGUUGAAAGCUAACUUUUCAGACAUAAUUAUGAUUUAAAAACUUGUUUUACUUUUUAAUUCAUCUUUACAUGUUUUAUCAUGCAUUUUGCUUUAGUCCUCAUCAAACUUGCCAUUUUGUUUUCCUGUAAGGAAAGUUUUAGAUAACAAGGUAGUUUUAAUGGAAAUGGAAUUAUCAGCAUCAUUAGAUAUGUUGGAAAAAUGUCUGAGGACUACCACACAGGGGCUAGUUAAAGAGUUGAAGACGAAUCCUGGAGUAAGUUAUAAUGCAGAGAAUUUUCUAACAUUUGCUUGCAUGUUAUUAAAUAUACAGUAAAGUGAAAAUGAACUUCAUAAGUACCGGCGGCCAUGCUAACUUUGGUACUUUGUCUGUUUUUAGAACACCACUAAUUGGUAUUUAACUAAAAAUGAGCAAAAAAUUUAAGUUACAAAAAAAUCAUAAAAUAAUGUGUUAUACUUAAGAAAUAAUAUAUCUCAUCCAGUGAUUUGUCGUUGAAUAAAUCAUUGUUUGGAGUUCAGAUGCAAAGGAAUUAUAUCACGAGGGCGCAGCUCGAGUGAUAUAAUAAUACGCAUCUGAACGACAAACAAUGAUUUAUUCAAGAGCAAAUCACUAAAUGAGAUAUAUUAUUUCGAUUCUAACACGUUACCAAGAAUUUUAAAGUACAUCCUUGACAACAUUCAUUAAAAAUUUGCCCAUUUUCAAUCGGUUUCUUUUCCAGCGUGCCGCUAUGCAGUUAAGACGCCAUGAUGUAAUAAUUGUGACGUCAGAACAGUGAUUUGUUGUAUAAUAAUUCACUGUUUUCUGCCUUCUUUGUUUAAUAGGAAAAUGAAUCGGACCGUGUUAGAAUUUAUAAUAGUGAUGCCAAAUAAUAAUCAUCUGAGAUCCUUGUAAUAGUUUAUUUGUUAUCCCCCGCCGAUGAAAUCGGGAGGGGGGUAUUGAAAUGGCGUUGUCCGUCCGUCAGUCCGUCCGUCAGUCCGUCCGUCCGUCCGUCCGCAGCCAUUUCUCAGUAACUACUUGGUAGAAUUUCAUGAAACUUGAAAUAAACAUGAACCAACAUACUGCGAUGAUGCCCGUCAAGUUUUUUUUUUGAUUGAUCAAUUUCCCUCAGAGUUAUUGCCCUUGAUUUAAUAAAAAAUGUCUGUCUGCAGCUAUUUCUCAGUAACUAACAGGAAUAAUUUCAUCAAAUUUGAAAUAGACAUGAACCAAGAUACUGCGCUGAUGCCCGUCAAGUUUUUUUUUUGAUAGGUCAAUUUCCCUCAGAGUUAUUGCCCUUGAUUUAAUGAAAAAUGUCCGUCUGCAGCCAUUUCUCAGUAACUAGCAGGUAGAAUUUCAUCAAACUUGAAAUAGACAUGAACCAAGAUACUGCGACGAUGCCCUUCAAGUUUUUUUUUCGAUUGGUCAAUUUUCCAUUUAGUUAUUGCCCUUUAAUUGUUUAAAAAUCCACUGAUCUGUACAUAACAAACCAACCAAUUGGAAGAAUUUCAUUAAACUUUUUCCAUUCUUUUCCAUGCACAUUUAUUAUAAACAUGUGAUGUUGUGUACCUACACCUGGUCAUCACCUUACAUUGGUCACCCCCUUCCCCCUCCCCCCCCCCCCCCCCCCCCCCCCCCCCCCCCCUUUUUUUUUUUUUUUUUUUUUUUUUUUUUUUUUUUCAUUUUUCGUUUUCUACCAAUAUUUAUAAUCAACAUGUAAACUGUUGUAUCCUCACUCCCCCCCCCCCAACCCACCCAAACAAACCAUUCAUUUUCUUUUAAUUUGAUUUGACUAAUGAAAUUAUUUGCUUCUUGGUAACAUUCUUAACCUUUUGCAGGAUAUAUUUUUUUGCCGUUCCUCAACUCUGACCCUUUCGGCGGGGGAUUCCAAUUCAUCGAAUUUGCUUGUUAAACACAAGUGUCAACAUUGUGGAAAAUCUGGAAUAAAUGUUGCUUAAUCUCCCCAUUUGAUAAUUUCUUCUUCAACAAUUGAUUAAAACCAUCUAAACCAUUGCAGUUAAUGACCAGUUUCACGUACUACAUGCAAAAGUCUGCUACUUGCUAUUUUUUCACCAUUUUAUUUGAUAAAACCUUUUCACUUAUUAAACAAUACAUAUCUGACACAUGCUAGUACAUGGGGGCCUUCGUGGUUAAGGUCGCUGACUUCAAAUCACUAGCCUCUCACCGGUGUGGGUUUGAGCCUCACUCGGGGUGUUGAUUUCUUCAUGUGAGGAAGCCAUCCAGCUGGCUAAGGGAAGGUCAGUGGUUCUACCCAGGUGCUCGCUUGUGAUGAAAUAUUACAGGGAGGGGCCACUGGGGUCUUCCUCAACCAUCAAAGCUGGAAAAAUACCUUUUGACCUAUAUUUGUGUCGGUGUGAUGUUAAACCCAACAAAAACAAACAAACAUAAGAGUACAUUAUUUGUUAUAUCUAUAUAUAUUUCUUGGUGAAGUAAUCAGUUCACUGUGUUUUCCUAGAUUAUCUGUAUUAACAGCUGUUUGUAACAUUAAAGUGUAUGCUAAGAAAGAUGCACAAUUGCAGCUUCCAGAUGUGUCUUUUAACUGUACAACAGUACUAAUCCAACCUGUGAUUUAUAGAUAUGUGACACUGGCUCAAAGCAAUAUUGUACUGUAUGGGUAGUUAAAUACUAAUUUAUGAUUCAUUAUAUUGCUAUAAUUUAAUAUUAAGUAUUAAAAAUUAUUCUCUAUUCAUAAACUCGCAGAAACCUCUGUCUAAGUGAUGCAAUGGAUGAUUAUAUCAUACUUGUCCUACUUUCGACAAAGAUGCAUGAAUGUUAUCUGAUUUGUGACAAAAGGUCAAAGACUGCAAAGAGACGCAGAAAGGGUAAUAACCUGCUCUGUAUGCUUCCAGAAAUAAAUGUAACAGUUAAUGUUGUACACUCUGUGAUAUUACAUUAUGUAUUUCAUAUUAGUACUAUUAAUGUAUAUAAGGCAUAUUUAUUUAAUAAAUAUAGAAAGCUUU